AUGAGCGACGCCAUCAUCGACAGCACAGAACGCGAAGGAUUUAAGAGAUCUGCCACUAGUUUGCUGGAUAUAUUCCACAACACGCUCAUUUUAUCCCACAUUGUUGCUUUUUUGCCGCCAUCGUCCAUUACCAGGCUCACGGCAACGAACCGAGCGCUCCGAAGCACCAUCACCCACACCCCCGGCGUGUAUCGCCACCUGGAACUCACGACAGUCAACAAGGUCCACGCUGAUCUCGGCGCCAUUGACCACGGCGGCCAAGUUUGGAGAAACACCCAGCUCGAUGAAAAUUUGAGCGAAGACGAGCGAAAUAUCCUGCAAGAUGUGCAGACUCUUGUUCUCGACGGGCUCUCCGUCACCGCAGAAUUCUGCCAUGACAUCAUUCACGACCCCAGAUUCAACGUGAAGCUGCUGUCCAUCCGCGACGUGCAGAAUCUCAACCACGGAAAGCUUCGCGGAGCGCUCCAGUACGCCUGCCGCCCGAGCCGCGAUGGCAGUCCUCGGCUGAGGGGUCUUUACCUGUUUGGCCCCAAAGAGGCCGUGGCUCCUCCGCCGUCGGGCCCAUCGACACAGAGUCUGCAGCUCGGCGGCGAUGCCUGGUGGGAUGUCAAGGGCCGCCAGUUCAAGCGCGCCGUGCCCGACGAGUGGGCCAGCUGCCUCGUCGCCUGCGCCGGGCUCAUCGCCUUUGACGCGGUCCUGUGCCAGGGCCCGCGCCACCGCACCAGCCGCGCGGCCGGCCACGCCUACGUGCGCGCCGACCAGCGGCCCGCCGUGGCGACAUACGCCCUGUCCGGCUGCGCGGGCUGCGGCCGAGCCCCCGAGGGCAUAACGACGCCGAAUGCCGCGCAUCCCGCCGUCGAACUGCCACUGAUUAGCCCACCGCCUAUCAUGUCCUCGUCGCUGCGCGCGGCGACGGCGCCGAGCGCGACGGCGACAGCGUUUGUGCCGCGCUGCGCCGAGUGCAUCACGGAUCGCUACUGCCACUGCUGCAGCAAGUGGUGGUGCGAGUCGUGCUAUCAGCUGCCCGGACAGGGCGCGCAGUACGAACCGGCCGUUGUCAUCCUCGACGAGGUUGAGAAUGCUGGUCUCGAGGACUACCUGUUUCUUGAAGAGACGGCCUCCAAAACCAAGAACCGAGUGACCAAGAGCUGCUGGGAGUGCGGCAAUAGCUGCGACGACUGCAUCGACAAGACACAGCGCGUAUGCAGAAAGUGCUGCGCCGGCUACUGUACUGUCCAUAAUGAAGGGUCAUCCGCCGAGUUUUGUGAUUGGUGCGUCUCUCGAGGCCGCAGAAUGGCCAAGACAAAGGGACAUGAGGGCAGCCCGCCGCCACUCGCCAUGCUACGUGACAUCGGCCAUCUGAACCACAUCCGCCGAAGAGCCGGGUUCUAA